CUGCACGAUGGGUCUUGUAAGGAUGUUUAUGUUUGUUUCAGAUGCUCAUGAAAAAUCGAACUUGCGAUUUUCUAUCGAUCCGGCGCAUGGAGAAUCGGGCUUUUCCCAAUGGAAAACUGCUAUGAAAAUGGUUGUGCAACUUCCGGAAGGCAUUCCCGCCGAAUUCCGUAAAAAAUUGUGGAUAAACUUAUCGGAAAAGUAUUUGUCGUCGCGAAACGUAAACUGGAAUAAAGUCGAGGCGGAAUGUUUCAGCGAAUGGGCGAAUCCUGCUGACACAGAACUUGACGUUCAAAUCGUCAAGGAUUUACAUAGGACAGGAUGCAGUUUAUUUUGUGGAGAAAACGGCCAGGAAAAACAAGCAAUCUUGAAGAAGGUGCUUCUGGCUUAUGCCAGGUGGAACAAACAUGUUGGUUACUGUCAGGGAUUUAACAUGCUAGCUGCUCUUAUUCUACAAGUGACCGAAGGAUGUGAAUCUGAUGCCUUGAAAAUAAUGAUAUUUUUAAUAGAAGGUGUUCUUCCUGAAUCUUAUUUUGCUGAUAGUCUACGAGGACUUUCGGUCGACAUGGUUGUCUUUAGAGAAUUUAUGAAAACGCGAUUGCCUCAGCUUUCGAACCAUCUGGAGAAACUGCAACAUACCACCAACGAUGGAAGUAUCAGCUAUGAACCACCUCUAACCAACGUCUUUACUAUGCNGUGGGGGAUCGAAAGAGGACUCAAUCGGAUAUGGAACCCGAUCCUCAAGAACACCCGAAUGGUAUGGACCAGCAUGCCACUGAACCAGAACAAGCCCCGUCCCCUAUCCAUCGGCAACUUGCGCAGGAGCAGUCGUCAAUCCACAUUCAGCAUCGAAGAUCUUUGA